AUGGUUCUUAUAACGGACAGCAGAGAUGGUGGGGGAUCCUCUCCAGGAAAACGAGUGAAGCACACUAAAAGUACCGGUCCUGCCCAGGUCCAUCCAACAGUAGCCGAGGAGCCGUCUGUUCUUCCGGAUGAUGAUGAUGAAUAUCUUGGUUCUUGCGAGUCUGAGGGAGAUGAAGAUGAUUUUGAAGAGUAUGAUGACUUCUCCGACCUGCCCGAUACAAGAAGCAUCGCAUCCGAUGAUUCUUUCUACCCACCUGAUGACGAUUUCGCGGACUCCGAGCGGACGCUGUCCCCGGAGAGUCAGGAGUUUAUGUCCUUUUUCCAGGCUUGUUGCACCAAUAAUCCAGCGACUGUUAAAACAAUGAUAAAACAAGGCGUGACCGAGGAAGAGGUUCAAGAGACUGACAAGAACAACAGGACAGGACUGAUGGUGGCAUGUUACCACGGCUAUGUGGAUGUUGUCAUCGCCCUUUCCCAGUGCCCUCACCUGGAUGUGAACUGGCAGGAUAGUGAAGGAAACACUGCCCUUAUCACAGCCGCCCAGGCAGGUCACAUCAUCAUUUCCAACUACCUACUAAACUACUUUCCUGGCAUUGACCUUGAGCGUAAGAAUUGCCACGGUUUCACAGCUCUGAUGAAGGCGGCUAUGCAAGGAAGACUGGAAUGUGUCCGUGCCCUGAUGAUGGCAGGAGCUAAUGUGCAUGCCAGAGACAAUGGGCGGAAGCUCACCCCACAGGAGUGGGCCAUUUUCACGGGUCGUUAUGAGACAGCCUUCGUCAUGAUGCAGCUGAUGACUAAGCCAUGUCCAGAGCAGUUCUCCAUCUCCUACCGUCCAGAAUGGCCCUUGCUUUCUGAACUGGUCGCCAAAGCCCAAAGGCCCAAAGGCUGCAUACAAAAAGUCUCUGAGACCCUGCGUAACUUCUUUGACAUUAGCAACGUCACAGAGGCCUCAGAAGAUGGCGUGUUUGACCACAUGGUACGGAUGACCACCGCACUGAACAGUCCUUUCAUAGCCACGGCGUGUCACACCGUGUGCCCGGAUAGCCCACCGUGCGUUGGGAAGAGGCGCUAUGCUGUGCAGGAGAUUUUGAAGAACCAGCGAGUAGAACAGCUCAAAAGCCUGGGUCCGGAGAGACUGGAGAACUACAGACGUCUGUUCCAGAACUCCCGCGUCAUGCUUGUGCCUAAACCCAAAGAUCGACGUGCUAGCCUGCAGCCACAGGCCCCACGGGAAACCUCAUCCUCCACCGUAGCCCUACGCCGAGGUAGUUUACUCCCCCUUCACCUCUUGAGGAGAAGCAGCGUGCGGCCAGGCAUGGUGGUGCCCAAGGUCAGGAUCUCUAAAGCUCCCCCAUCCACGUACGAGCCAGAGAAAACUCACAGGAAAAGUAGCAGCAAGAGCGGACAAUUUCUUGAAAUUCCCAAGUGGAGGUAUAAAGAACUGAAAGAGGAAAGGAAGAGAGCAGAGGAGGCUGAAAAGAAAAGAUUAGAGGCCAUUGCAAAAAGACAGUUGUCUCCAGGCAAGAAGAAGUAA